GGGGGCUGGUGCCCGCCAGGUGGGAGAGGAGGGGAAGGCUACGCGCGGGGACAAAGGGCCGCCUCGCCCCACGGCGGAGUCGAUGCUCGGCGCCCAGCCUCGAGUCAGCAGAAAGCUCUGUCGGCAGCCCGAAAUGGCUUGGCCCCGUUGCCGGCCCCCUCCUGGCUGCGCCCCUGCAGUCGGCUGACGGGGGGGGUAACCCCAUGGGUGCCAAAGCCAAGCAGACUUUACCCACCUGGAGGCUGUUCUUGGACGGUGUUGGGAAUAAGGGAGAAAUUAACUCCGGUGCAGAUUUAGGUCGCCUCCCCAUCAAGAACAGAACUGGCAGCAGGGCAGGGGUUAUUUCACAACUUCUUUGGAAAGUCAGCUGCGUGGAGAUGGAGGAGAAGCCCAAUGCUGCAAAUCCUGAGACAGGAAAGAGCCCCACAGUCCCACAGGUGGGGAGCCAAGGGGAAUUCUGGGAAAGAACUGUCCCCAAAUUCCUGGGAAAGGGCAACUGGUUAGACAUCAGGUGUCAGUGCUUCAAAGAUUUUUGCUACUGGGAGGGUGAAGGACCUCGGGAGAUUUGCAGUCGCCUUCACCAGUUUUAUCGACAGUGGUUGAAGCCAGAAAAAAACACCAAAGCUCAGAUGUUGGACCUCAUGAUCCUGAAGCAGUUCCUAGCCAUCCUACCCCCCGAGAUAGAGAACUGGAUCAAGGACUGUGGAGCAGAGACCACUUCCCAGGCAGUAGCUCUGGCAGAAGGUUUCCUCUUGAGCCAGGCAGAAGACAAAAAACAGAUGCAAUGGAUGUUAGCCAAAACACCCACUGAACUUCCCAAGGCAGGCAAAGUUCCGCUGGAUGUCAUGCAGAAGCUGUUGUUGAGAGGAAUUGUGCGGGAGGAAAGUGGAGAAGCCACCUCACUGGGUAGGAAAGCCUCUCUGGAAUUCCAUUCUAUCCCUACUACUGGAGCAGUUGAAACAGUUGCUAUCCACCUUGAUCUGGGUACAGUAUCCUUCCAAGAGGUGGCUGUGGAUUUUUCAGAAGACGAAUGGGCUCUUUUGAAUUCUGCCCAAAAAGCUUUGUAUAGAGAAGUCAUGGAGGAGAAUUAUUUGAUGGUAUCCUCUCUGGCUCCUGAACACACCCGUCAGUUAGAAGAUCAUGUAUCGCUACCUAUGGAGGGGGAAGAGGUGGAAGGAGAUCAUGGUCUACACAGCUCAGAUGCACAUGGAAACAAUCCCACUGUUCAUUGCGCUCUGUCUCCUGCCAGCACUAUAUAUCUACAGCUGGAAGCAUUGCGAGGGGUAGCCAUGUCCCUACAUAGCAUCGCGUCCUGCAUACAGCUCCGCCUCAGUGAGCUGGCUAACGAGGAAGAAGAAGUGAUCUACCAGCUCUGGCAGAAUGGGGCACGUCGGAGGAGAUUUCUGGAGAUCAUUGGUAGAUGGAGGAGAAGAUCUGCUGAGCAAUAUCGGAUGCUCAUCCAGGCGCUGACUGAGACAGUACCAUUGCCGCGGCGCUGGUGGGUGUAUCCGGCACGAAGGCGCUGGUGGAGAGAACUUGUUCUAACAGUUUGGGACGACGAGAUGUGGAUUGCCAACUUCCGGAUGUCUAGAGCUACCCUGUUUGAGGUUGCAGAUCGUCUUCGUCCCCUGCUACAGAGACAGAACACGGUUCUGCGCAUUCCUAUUGCGGUGGAGGAGAGAGUAGCUAUUACUGUUUGGUGGCUCGCAACUCAAGCCAGUUACCGUGAAGUCGCACACCAGUUUGGAAUAGGAAGAACCACCGUGGGCAAUAUUGUUGUGGAGGUGUGUCUGGCAAUUGAGUUGCUUCUGAAAUGUACUGUCUGCCUUGGUGAUCAUCAAAAGAUCAUGGAUGGCUUUGGUGCUAUGGGCUUCCCCCACUGUGUAGGAGCAGUGGAUAGGUGUCAUAUCCCCAUCUGUGCUCCUUAUGGACAACGUGAGCAGUGUGUAAACAGAAAGAACUAUUAUUUAAUGUUGCUACAGGGGACAGUAGAUCACACUGGGCGGUUUAUUGACAUCGAAGUUGGGUACAGUGGCACUCAUCGUGACGCCUUUAUGUUUAGAAAUUCUUCUCUGUGUAAAGCUAUGGAUGCUGGUGUGUUUGUUCCCGGAAACCCAACGAUGACCUAUGGAGGUGUCACUAUCCCGCCCCUCAUACUCGGUGAUGAUGCAUACCCAUUGAGACGGUGGCUCAUGAAACCAUUUGUUGGCCGUUUGGGCCAUCGGGAGAUGCUAUACAACCGUGUGUUCCACAGGUGCCGAAAUGUGGUAGAGAGAGCAUUUGGGCGACUCAAAGCACGUUGGCACUGUCUCACCAUGCAGUUACCCGUGGCGGAGGAAAACGUUGUGUCAGUCAUUUCUUCGUGUGUGGUACUCCAUAACAUCUGCGAGACCAAAGGUCACCCGGUGACAUGGACACCUGACAGUGAGGUGCCGCCCUUUACAGUCCCCGUAGAAGACUGUAAGGCUCAUAGUCAGCGCCAUACAGCCGAGGCCAAGGCAGUGCGGAGUGCAGUAGCGGAUUUUCUGUUGGCCUCCAAUUGACCACUCUGCCGUGAAACUGUUCCUGCAUCUCAAGAAGGUGCUUAGUCUUCCCCCGACCCCAUAACCUGCCUGUAACUAUGAAUGUUAAUAUAAAUUAUUUCAAA